AUGUUGAGUGAAGUUAUUGACCGUCUUGUCCACUCGCCAAACAACGAGCAUGAGCCGCUCUCGAACUUCAUAAAUGAUGAAUUCGUGGAGGUCAAGGAUCUGAUACCGUCGAUAAAUCCAGCUACCGGUCAAACAUGGAUUAGGAUACCAAACUCUGGGAAGGAGGAUGUUAAUAAAGCAGUUGCUGCGGCCAACAGAGCUUUUUCCUCAUGGUCGUCAACAAGUGCACAGUAUCGUUCAAAUCUUCUUCUAAAAUUAGCUGAUAUCAUUGAGCAAAAUUCUGAUGGGCUAGCGGUUUUGGAGUCAAGAGAUCAAGGGAAACCGGUCAAACUUGCAAGAAUGAUUGAUAUCCCUCGAUGCGUCCAUAAUUUCCGUUUCUUUGCAACCGUCAUCCUUCAUCACACUUCCGCAUCUACCGUUAUCGAUGAGCCGAUUCGAGCUAUAAAUUACGUGAGGAACGACCCCAUAGGGGUUUCUGGCCUAAUCAGUCCUUGGAAUCUUCCCUUAUACUUGAGAUCGAGAAUCUGUGAGAAACACGUGUUGUGUGUUUGCUUAGUCGAAAUGUUACUUCUAAUUCACCUGCAGAUAUGUUUCUGGUUGUCUUUCAAACUCGCGCCUGCUCUGGCGACCGGAAACACCGUUGUAUGUAAACCAAGCGAAUUGACGAGCGUGACAGCAUGGGUGCUUAUGCACGCAUUCCGUGAGGCAGGUUUUCCUGCUGGAGUUGUGAACAUGGUUAUCGGGACUGGACCAUCAACCGGUCAACAUCUUGUUGAACAUCCUGACGUACCACUGGUGAGCUUCACUGGAAGCACAGUCGUCGGCAAAAAAGUCGGUGAAAUAUGUGCACGGCUGAACAAGAAGGUAUCCCUGGAAAUGGGUGGAAAAAACGCUGCUAUUAUCUACCCAUCGUGUGACCUAACUAAACAUCUGGCAACUAUAGCAAGGUCGUGCUUCAUUAACCAAGGUGAAAUUUGCUUAUGCACAAGUCGAAUAUUUGUCCAUUCUUCACUGUAUGAGAAUUUUGUGGAACAGCUGGUCAACGAGGCGAAGAAGUUCACAGUCGGAGAUCCAUCGGAAGACGUAACCCUCGGAGCAAUAAAUUCAGGAGAACAUUUUAACAAGGUCAAGUCUUAUAUCACAAUUGCGCACAAAGAUGGAGGAACUGUUCAUUGUGGUGGAGUUGUGGAUAUGAACGGAGAACUCAGAAAUGGAUUUUUUAUCGCUCCUACAGUGGUUACCGGUCUGCCAGACUCAAGCCGGUGUAUGCAGGAAGAGAUUUUUGGUCCGGUCGUUUGUGUAACAAAGUUCUCUUCACUUGAGGAAGUUACAUCCCGUGCGAACAAUACAUGCUACGGCCUUUCCGCAACUGUUUGGAGUGAGAACAAUGAGGAGCUUAUAAAUACAGCGCAUCGUCUGAGGGUCGGCACAGUCUGGUGCAAUACUUGGCUGACUCGCGACCUCAAUAUGCCAUUCGGUGGGACAAAACAAUCAGGAAUGGGUCGUGAAGGAGCUGUUGACUCACUUCAUUUCUUCACAGAACAAAAAACUAUUUGUAUAAAAAUGUAG